CUCGCGGCGGAUGUUGACAGAGGCGGAUUAACGAGUUUUCUGGGCGGAGGAGGGACGACAAUUGUGACAGAGCCGGUUUCAAGCGUCUUGUGGUUCCGAAGCGGAGCUGGCGUUAGCUUAGUCGUGAACGACACCGAACCUUCAAUGUGAGUUCGAGCCCGGAAAAGGACUUGAAGCUGAGCCGCACCUCCGAACCUCUUUGAUGGACCUGCACGGCGUCUGUCUAGGUUCGUGAAGGUUGUGAUCGCAAGGCUGGUGUGCUCCGGAGAGAGACGAAGGUGCACGAAGGUACUGUACGUGGCCGGAUAAUUCUGUCCUGAACGAUGGGGACUCAAGGACCCGGCAGAAAGAGGCUGCCCAACCAGGAGAAGAUGACCGCAGAGGACGAUGCUCUCCAACAGAUCGCCCGGGACGCAGAAGCGCGGUUGGCAGCGAGGCGAACAGCAAGAGCAGAAGCCAGAGAAAUUCGGAUGAAGGAGCUAGAGAAGCAACACAAAGAGGAGGACGGCGAGCGCUAUUCUCGCCACUCGCGGAGAAUCGCUUCGCUGUCAGAUGAUGAAGAGCGCAUGUCUGUAGGGAGUCGAGGCAGUCUGAAGGUGGAGGAGAGACUGGACAGAGACUUCCUGGAUAGAGGCUCCAGGACAGCGCUGAACCUUUCUGCAGCCACCCUGUCUUCACUGGGUGGAGCGUCAUCUCGCAGAGGAAGCUGUGACACGUCAGUCUCCGUCGAGAUGGAGGCGUCAAUCAGGGAGAUGAAGGACUCUGUGGCAGAGGCAGAGGAAAAGUAUCGCAGAGCCAUGGUUUCAAACGCUCAGCUGCACAACGACAAGUCGACUUUAAUGUAUCAGGUGGAAACUCUGCGGGAGGACCUGAGCGACAUGGAGGAGCUGCUUUGGGAGGCGCGACGGCACGCCGACGAACGCACAAAAGCAUACGAACGCGAGCGUGAUUGUCACAUUCUCCUUCAGUUCCAGUUUAAGGAGAUGAACGAGACUAUGAGACGAAGUGAAGAACUUCUGAUGGAAGUGUCACAGUUACGAGAACAAACACAUGCUUAUGCUCAAGAGGUGUCUGACUUGCAGGAGGCUCUGCAGUGGAAGGAAAAGAAGAUUGCGGCAUUAGAGCGUCAGAGGGAAAUCUCUGACGUCAUUCAAAUCGAGCGCGACCAGCUGAGAGUUGAGGUGCUCAGCCUCCGAGAUGUUGUCAAGAAAUAUGGAGAGGUCAUUUCUCCUGAGCGGGCAACCAAUGGGGGGCCGAGAUUGGACGAUGAUGAAGUCAGCAACAGCUUUGCGGAGAACGUUCCUGACAGCAGAGAGAGCAUGCUGGAGCUGCAUCUGAAGAAGCUACUUGAAGAAAGGGAAAGUUUGCACGAUCAGGUGAGAAUGCUCAAGACUCAACUGCUUCUGAGACAAAAAAAUCUUGAUGGAAGCCAAAAUCCAGAGGAAGACGGUCUGGAAAAUGGCGCAGAUUCUCAUGCGGUGGACCUUCAGAGAGAUGCAAACAGACAAAUCAGCGAGCUGAAAUUCAAACUCGUCAAAUCUGAACAAGAAGUUACCACUCUGGAACAGAACGUCAUCCGUCUAGAAGCUCAGGUGACACGCUACAGGGCGGCGUCGGAGAAUGCAGAGAUAGUUGAGGAUGAGCUGAAGGUCGAAAGGAGAAAACUACAUAGAGAACUGCGCACUGCUCUGGAUCAGAUCCAGGAGCUGGAAUCGGCGAAUAGUCACCUCACCAAACGUCUGGAGAAGAUGAAGGCCAACCGCAGCAUCCUCUUGGCCCAGCAGUGACCCCAUCUUUCGUUUCGCAAUGGACUCCCGAAGGACUCUCCGGGUCGGAGAGCUUGCGGAAUCUUUUCUCCUGCAGCUUGACAAUCGCUUGUGUUGGGUGACGGAUGCUUGAUUUGACCGUAUGGGUGGGCUUUGUGUGACCAGCUGAUGCGGGGCUCUAUGCUAUGUCUUAUGCUGCCCUAAGACUCCUUCCACCUGCUCUGCCAGGUGCUGAAAAGCAACUUCUUCUGCCUCAUAAACUUUCUCCUGGGGGCUACAGACAGUCAUUUGAGAGUUUAUUCAGUAUCAUCUUAAUGUCCUUGGAUGAGGAUUCUCCCAACCUCACUAGUAUGACAAUUUAGCACAACUGAAUGUCUUACUGGUAAAGUUUUUCUAUUGCUGCCUUCCACACCAUUAGUGUGACGUUGGUGCCCACUCAGCCUGGCAAAAUUGUGUGCUCGUUGAUGCUACAACCAGUUUCAUUACGAAAUUCAACAAUUAAGUGCUUCACUACUGUACGACAAGUCAUUCGACUUGUUUGGCCUCGUCAUUCUACUCGUGCCCAAAGAUGUUCUACUACUGCAUUGGAGUUAAGACCGUAUUAGCAUAUGGACAACUCAGCACGGGAGUUCUAGUACCAUUUUUAGUCGUGCUGGUUUGUACUACUGUAUGACAUUUCUGCGCUCCAGUAGAAUGAUGUUAUUUUUCCACCACUGCAGAAUAUUCAUGUGCACGAGUUGAACUACUAUACAUAUGUUACUAGUGGCUGGUUCUCCGCUUCUCUCUGCUUCCUCCUUCCAUUACAUUAUGACAUUUUUUGGGUGCACAAAUAGAACUGUCUCACAUUUUGGUGAAUGCCAUUCACGACUUCAUUACGAGCACCAACAGUGUGCAGAUGUUUAGUAGUGCACACUGUGGGCAGCAAGGGUUUAGUUAGCAUCCCAAAAUUAGAGGGGGGGCUGAUUUAGGGUUCACCUAUUAAAUGUUACGGAUUAAACAUAGAAAAUAUUUUUAUUCCACUUUGAACAACCACAGCAGGUUGACUACACGGAAAAUAUUUACAUUUGUUCAGAAUCAUCGACUUCAAGCUGCUACAAUUUGCCCCCUUUCUCGGUGGCUUCGGGUGAUAUGUUCACUUGGGUCACUUUUGAGUCCCACAAUAGCUCACAGGGAGACGUCAUGCAGUGACACUAUGAUGUUUUUCCGAGAGGGUGGCGCUGGUGCCGUCUGCUUCGUAGGCUUUGGCUUCUUCGGCGGCAUCGCCGAGGACAACAGUGCCGCUGCCCACCGUUAAACGGUUAAGAUGGAACGCGGUGGUUCUGGUAUGGAUGGACUGACUGUUCUCUGUCAGUUGGUGCUGGCAGUGGAACAGGAUCAGGAAGCAGCGGUGGAACUGAUAGAAGAAGAACAUUGAGAGCAAUCGGCUUUGAUUGAUUUGGUGGCAUAUAGAGUCACUGGAGUCAAAAGAUACUUUUUUAACUUACGGAAGAAGUGAUUUGAUAGGAGCAACCAGGAUGUUACUGUUUCGCCCAUAGUCAUGGUUGCAUGUUAACAACGUGCAACUUGAAUGUAACAUCACCGCUCAAUAAGAGACAUAUAUAAUGAACUACGGGAAACAUACACACUUAAAUAAUAAUGAUUCUUAACUUUUUGACAGGAAAACUUCAACAUUGCAUGGCAACAGUAGAAGUAAUAAAGCAAAAAAAAAAAGAAGCCUACAAAUUUUAAGAAAAAAAGCAAUUAAGAGACAAUAUCAGGUUCAACCCAAUCCAGAAUGCGAAUGUCAAAUAAAGUACUGGUGAGUUUUUUUCUUUUUUUUGUCUUGCCUUGAUGUAAUGAUUUAUUUUGCUAAAAUUAUAAAACCUGGUGCAGAGAAA